ACUGAUUAAAUGAACAAUUUAAUCCAAUAGAUGCCGCCAACAAUUGUUGAUUGUUGAUUGUAAUUGUAUAUUUAAGAGGAUGCGUGUAACUGAAUUAAAAGUUACAUCUUGUUCCUGAUGAAAGUUAAUUGUAAUCAUUUGCCUGGUAAGGCAUUAACACUGUUUUCACCUUGAUCAGCGAUUAAAUUGUUCCAACAAAUUAACAAUCAAUUAAAUUGUUCAUCUUUAAUAAAUUCUUGUUGAUCUUAAAUUUUUUCAUUGUGUUUAAAUUGUUGCUAUUAUUGUGUUUUAAUUUCAAUCGUCAUCUAAUUUAACUAAUCCGGAUUAUGUUUCUUUUAAUUUGUGACCUUUAUCAUCUAAAUUAACUGUUAAUUGUUUUAAUUAAAUUGCCAAUUAGUUGAACGACAAAAUGACAGCAGCAAAUCUAACAAACAGUAUUGAACCUUUCGAAGACUCUGUGGUUAACUAUCCGCCACCACCUCCUCCACCUCCACCAACAUCUCAUCAACACCAUGUAACAUCCAUACAGAAUUCCAAUCAUCCAGUGAAUCCAUCGGAAAAUCACAGUAUUCAUCGUCUCUCACCAAACGGAAGUCAAACUUAUUCAUUUCACCGCAAAUAUGGACCAAGAAAAAAAUCAUUCAUCGGCUUUGAUGCCAUCAUGCUGGUGAUUGUCACCUUUGUAAUUGUCAAUUCGAUGUUAUUCUCACCAACAGCGUACCUUGUUUCUGCAGACCUUGUCGAAGACACCAGAUUAUGUGCAAUUAUGCUCACCUUUAUUUCCUUGGCUCUCAUUGCUGUUUCUUUACCUUUUUCGUUAUUUUUUUGCAUCAAGGUUGUCCAAGAAUACGAAAGAGCAGUUAUCUUCCGUUUGGGUCGAUUGGUGACCGGAGGGGCUCGUGGACCUGGAAUCUUUUUCAUCAUUCCUUGUAUUGAUACCUAUUCGAAGGUCGAUCUUCGAACCGUUUCAUUUGAUGUUCCUCCUCAAGAGAUACUUUCCAAAGAUUCUGUGACAGUUGCAGUUGAUGCUGUCGUUUACUUCCGUAUUAAUAAUGCCAUAGCAUCAGUAUCAAAUGUUGAAGAUUAUGCUCGAUCAACCCGACUUCUUGCAGCGACGACACUUCGAAAUGUCCUUGGUACCAAAAAUUUAUCUGAAAUAUUAAGUGAACGAGAAUCAAUAAGCCACAUGAUACAAUCAAGUUUAGAUGAAGCAACUGAAUCAUGGGGAGUCAAAGUGGAAAGAGUUGAAAUUAAGGACGUUCGAUUGCCAGUUUUACUUCAACGAGCUAUGGCCGCCGAAGCUGAGGCAACUCGAGAAGCUCGAGCCAAGGUAAUCGCCGCUGAAGGUGAGCAAAGAGCAUCCAAAGCACUUAAAGAAGCCGCUGAAGUUAUCGCCGAUUCACCAGCGGCGUUACAACUUCGUUACCUUCAAACUUUAUCUUCAAUUGCGGCGGAAAAUAAUUCAACGAUUGUAUUUCCGGUUCCAAUGGAGCUGUUCAGAGGUUUUAUCGUUCAAAACAACAACGCCAACAAUAAUAAUAACAGUAAUCACACAAACAAUCAGGCUAAUCAACAACAAGGAAUCAAACAAUUAAUUGAGAUCUCCCCCAAAGAAUAACCUAAAUUGUGAAACAAUUUAACAUAACAACAAACUACAAUUAACACACUUAACCAAUGUGUGUAUGUGCCUUUCUCAUUUAACAACAAUAUUGGUAACAAUUAACAGAAGAUUUAACCGAGAUCAUCAUUUAAUUGUAACAAUCAACUUUUAAUGGAUUAUAUUUGAAUCUAUCAUUCAUGAAAUCCAUUGAUUCCGUUAAUUAAUUUUCAUUAAACAAUAUAUUAUAAUAUCUAUAUAUUGGCAACAACAAUUAACUCAACCAGUUAAUCUUGAGUUAAUCAUAAACAACCAAGAGAAGACUCAACAAUUUGUUAAUUGUUAAAUUGGUAUCUUUAUAUAAUUAAUUGUUAAAUUGAUACAUUUAAUCAACAUGAGACAAGGUGAAAAUAAACACAAUUAAAGACACCAAACUUUUAACUGCCAAAACUUAAUCAUCUUUUGAUCAAUUGAUCAAAUUUUACAAUUUAAAAUUGAAAAUGACAAAUAUGGAUUUACUAAUUGUCCAUUUUAAUUGUAACCUCUCAUUUAUGGUGUAAUCAAAUAUAUAAAUAUAUAUAAAUUGAAACAAUUAAACCAAAUGAUUAACUAAUUUGCUUGCACGAUGAAUUGAAAAUGUUGUAAAGCCAAAAAUUAAUAAACCAUCAAAAUGAAAUUAAAAAUUGAAACUGA